AUGGCGACACUGUCUACGGACAUUUGCCCAGUCAAGGCAGAGCCGACCCUGUCGUUUACGCAAGGCCUCAUACUGGGCCAGCUGUCGGUGGUCUUGGUACUUGCCGCCUUUAUCAAAUUCUUCAUAUUUGGCGACCCUCCUUCACCCGAGGUGACAGCCUCCCUGAGAGCAACAGAGCGCCGGUCCAGAACAUUGGCCCAUAAGCGCUCUUUACUCAGUCUACGGACUGCAAGUGCGAAGCAGGGCCAGCAGACACUCAACCGCAAAAAGUCAAGUGUUCUCCGCAAUCCUCCCAACCUGACCAUCGGCUCCAUCCUCAGCAAGACCUACUACAAUGUCGACAGUCACCAGCCGGAAAGUUUAGACUGGUUCAAUGUUCUUGUUGCGCAAACCAUCGCCCAGUUUCGGAGCGACGCACAACAUGACGACGCCAUCCUGAGCUCUCUGACUAAGGCGCUCAACGGCGGCUCAAGGCCCGACUUCGUCGACGAGAUCCGCGUGACUGAGCUGAGCUUGGGAGAAGACUUCCCCAUUUUCAGCAACUGUCGCAUCAUCCCUGUGGAUGAAGAUGGAUUGAGCUUGGGCAACGGCAGGACACUCGACGGCAACGCGGCGACGAGAGAGGGGGCGAAGCUACAAGCACGGAUGGACGUUGACCUCAGUGACAUGUUGACUCUCGCCCUUGAGACGAAGCUCCUCCUGAACUACCCCAAAAAGCUCAGCGCGGUACUACCUGUGGCCCUCUCCGUAUCGGUCGUCAGAUUUAGUGGCACGCUGUCCAUCUCCUUCAUUCCCAGCAAUCCCUCUCAAUCAACUCCUACCAUGAUGACCUUCAGUUUCAUGGACGAUUAUCGUCUCGACCUAUCAAUUCGGAGUCUGCUUGGGAGCCGAUCAAGGCUUCAGGAUGUCCCAAAGAUCGCUCAGCUGAUCGAGGCACGCCUCCACCGUUGGUUCGACGAGCGGUGCGUGGAGCCUAGGUUUCAGGAGAUUGCCUUGCCAAGCCUGUGGCCACGCAAGAAGAACACCAGAGGACCAGAAGACGGCUUGGCUGAGACCAACGCGUCAGUGGGCAGGGCGAAGGGGAAAGAUAUCAAUCAAGAUCUCCGAGCGGAGGCUCGAAGAGAGGUCGAGGCUGAGACUCGUACCGGCCGGGAGCAUGAUUCGCUUCGUCGGAGGAGGAUGCGGACCGAGGAUGACUUUGCGAUGCCGGGCUCGUUGUCCGGGUUAGAUGUCGACAUAAGGACAUGA